ACCGAUCACAUUGUCCUUUCCUAAACACAAUCCACGACGUGCGUCACCCAUCCUGAACCACAAACAACCCACCCAACUGGCCUUGUUGGCCGUCUCUAGCUGCAAGAGUACAAUCAUUGGAAUAGGAAUCUUGGUUAGCUCAGCACAAAAUGACACCAACAGAAAUUCAACACUACCCCCCUUCCCAGAAAGAGAAAACAAACCAGAGAUAGAGAGAGAGUCAGAAAACAUGGGAUCAGCUUCGCCGCCGGCAAAGAAAUCAGAGAAGCAACAACUGACUGAUAAUAAACCAGAAAAAUUGAAAAAGGGGUUAGGAUGGAUUGAAUGGCUAAAAGGGUGGUUUAAUGUCAUUUUUGAGAUGUUGUUUCAGCGUAUUUCAGCUAGUCAUCUUGAAAAUCCAAUGCCUUUGCCUCCCAUUGACAAUCUUACUUGCAUUGUUACGGGCUCCACUAGCGGUAUCGGCCGCGAAAUCGCCAGGCAACUGGCAGAGUCUGGUGCACAUGUUGUCAUGGCUGUGAGGAAUCCUAAAGCAGCUAAUGAGCUGAUCCAAAAAUGGCAAACUGACUGGUCUGGGAAAGGCCUUCCUCUAAAUAUUGAGGUUAUGGAACUUGAUUUGCUAUCUUUGGACUCUGUUGCGCAAUUUGCAGAAGCCUGGAAUGCACGAUUAGGACCUUUGCAUGUACUAAUAAAUAAUGCUGGAAUAUUUUCCAUUGGAGAGCCACAAAAGAUUUCAAAGGAUGGUAACGAAGAGCACAUGCAAGUGAAUCAUUUGGCCCCAGCAUUGUUAUCGGUGCUUCUUUUGCCAUCCCUUAUUAAAGGUUCUCCAAGCCGCAUAGUCAACGUGAAUUCCGUUAUGCAUUCCAUUGGAUUUGUUGACCCUGAAGAUUUGAAUGUCGUUUCUGGAAAGAGAAAAUUUACAAGUUUGGUGGGAUACUCAAGCAGCAAGCUUGCACAGAUCAUGUUUAGCAGUAUCUUUCAAAAACGGUUACCAGCAGAGUCGGGCAUUAAUGUUGUUUGUGUCUCACCAGGCAUUGUUCAUACCAAUGUGGCAAGGGAUCUUUCUAGAAUUGUUCAAGCUGCUUACCAUCUAAUACCGUACUUCAUUUUUAGUCCCCAAGAAGGUUCAAGAAGUACCCUUUUUGCUGCAACUGAUCCUCAGAUUCCAGAAUACUGUGAGGUGUUGAAGGCAGAUGAAUGGCCUACUUGCGCUUUCAUUUCUCAGGAUUGUCGUCCUACAAAUCCUUCAGAAGAGGCACACAACAUUGGGACAUCAUUUAGGGUUUGGGAGAAGACUUUAGAGAUGAUCGGUCUUCCUUCAGAUGCUGUUGAGAAGCUUAUACAAGGGGAGGAAGUCACUUGUCGCUAUGGACGUCAACAACAGUAGGAUUUUAUUAUUAUUUAUUAUUAAAAUACGAAAGGGAAACUUGGUCAUGGUGUUGCCGUAUUGGUAAUUUGAUACUUAGGGGCAUAACUGAUCUACACAGAUGAGUUUUUUUGCCUUGUAGCUUUAGUAGAUAUUAUAUCUCAAGUGACAAGUAUAGAAUUUGCAUUAUACUUUCCACUGUUUACCAGUCGCAAGUUUAGGAUCAGCCUGUAAUGAGAUGGAAGUUGAAAGAGCUUUGAGUCAUGUACCUUAUGAUCAUACAACCAUGUACUUUUUUGAGGGAAUGAUACAAUCAUACCUGUCUUUGUUCUUGAUAGAUGA